UUUUUUAAUUGAUAAUAUUUACUACCUUAUCAGUAUAAUGUUAUUAUGAUGUUUGAACCUUGAAAAAAACAUCGACUUUAGGGCGGUUGCACUUACGCGUAACGUUUUAAAGACUCUGCCCCCUUUUCGAUAAAUAUGGCCAAUUCAGAAGUAAUCAAGCUUCAGCAACACCUCAGCUUGCUUCAGCAAGAAUAUUCAAAGUUGCAAAAAAAGUAUGAGGAUCUCGAGGGGCGAUGCUCCUCAAAUUUCAAUAACGGUUUUGCUUUAAGGCUUGUUAAUAUCAUCAGCGGCUUGCAUGCCUCCGAUACUUUUAGUGAUAUUCGAAUAAAACUAGCAGCUGAAGAGACCGUUCCAGCCCAUAAACUGGUACUGGCAGCUCGCUCCAAACUGUGGGACGAGCAGUGCUUGAAACCCUUAAGCGAGCUAGACUGGUCUGAUAUAAACCUUGAGGUUGCCAAACUGAUAAUUCUCUGGUUGUAUAAGGGGGAAGUUAAGUUCAUAUCAGACGAACUUACCUUGCUAGUAAUGAGGCAGGCUUUCCAAUUUAAAAUCGAGGCUCUAGUGGAAUCUUGUGAGCACCAUUUAAUUUCUACAGUAGACACAAGGAGUUGCGUCAAGUUUUACAGUGCGGCCGAGGAGAUUCAAGCGGCCAAUUUGAAAGAGUAUUGUUCAGGCCUAAUAUCCACUCAUUGGGACGAACUGAACUCGUCAGACUUUGAGGAUAUGAGUGGGCCGUUACUGUAUAGCAUGUUAAAAAAUAAAACUCAACUUCCAUUACAUUCCGCUGUGAGAUUGCUUAGAGAGGACGUGGUUUUUUUGUGUUUACUGGAAAACUCCAAUCGGCUCGCGGACAUCGUGAACGUUUGGUCCCAGCACGGGGAACUCCCACUGGACCUAGCGCUCACUUUAAAGAACCACAGCAUCGCCGACACCUUGGUGCAGCAUCAUGCUGACCUGAACAUCUCAGAUCCCGCGGGGGAAUGCUUAUUAUACAGGGCGAUCAAACGGGGAAACAGCUUUGGCGCCCUCUUUCUUUUGGAGCAUAAGUGCGACGUUAAUUUAGUCACCAGGGAGGGAAACGAUUCUGCGUUACAUCUGGUGGCCGGAUCGGUCCAGUUGGAGGAAAACCAGCGAAUCGCGCGUGAAUUAAUUAAGAGCGGCAUCGACGUGAAUGCACGGAACCGUCUCGGGUAUACCGCCCUCCAUGUUGCCGUACAAUCCGACAACAGGGCCGUAUUUGACGCGUUAAUCGCUCACGAUCAAAUCGACGUUAACCUCAAAACAAACGACGGGCAUCCGCCCUUGUACUUUGCCUACAGCAAACUGGACCUGGACGUACCGUACUACGUGCAGGAGUUGAUCCAGAGGGGGGCAAAACUGGACCCGAUCUACGCAAAUCGACUUGAUUUACUGCAGACGCUCAUCGUUAACGGGAAAAGGAAGGCCGCCAGUCAUUUGGUCCAGAAAUUGACCGAUCUGGACCAUGUGAACAUGAAUGGGGAAACCGCUUUGCACCUGUGUUGCCAAAGAGGUUACGACGACGUGGCAACCUUGUUGCUCGAACGGGGCGCCAACCCCUCGAUGUUGACCAACGAGCAACGACUCACCCCCGUCCACUACGCCGUAAAGUCCAAUUCAGCGGAAUGUUUACGGGCAUUUAUAAACAACAACAACAAAACUGAGGACAAACGUUUUAAUAUGCGCGACGUAAACGGAGACACCCCGCUCAGUUUGGCCCUGGGGUGCGGCUUUAAAGGGUUGGUACCGCUCUUAAUUAAGGGCGGGGCGGACAUUAACGUCCGUAACGGUCAAGAUCUCACCCUGCUACAUCAAGCGAUCAUGAAAGAGGACGCGGAAACGGCCCUUUACUUGUUGCAACACGGGGCCGAUGUAAACGCACUCACUUCUCAUAGCGAGACUCCCUUGCAAUUGGCCAUUUAUUACAAGCUACCGGAGGUGGUGGACGCGUUGUGCAGCAAAGGGGUCGACAUGUCCGUACGGGACGGGGCGGGGGUCUGCGCCCUCUGGGCCACUCUGGAAUCCGGUGAAGAAAGAAUCGCGAACAUUCUGGUGAAACAUGGGGCGGAUACAGACUGUUGGACCUACUGCCCGGACGUCGGUUACCGACAGACGCUGCUGCACAGGGCCAUCGACGAGAACAAAGAGGAGGCGGCCAUAUUUCUGAUCAGAGCCGGCUGCGAUCUACAGUCGCCCCGUAUACCGGAAGGAGGGAGUGACGCGGUCAAAGAUCUACAGACGCCGUUGCAUUUGUGCUGCGUGUGGGGACUCGAGCCGGUCGCGAGGGCCUUAAUUGAACAUGGGGCGAACGUCAGCGCGAGAGAUGCGGAACUGCGCACGCCACUGCACUGCGCCAUCGAGAACCGACAGGAGGAGAUCAUCGAUCUCCUGUUGAACGUGCCCGAGAUCGAUCUGAGUCUGUUGGACAAAAACGGGCUGUCGCCGUUCGCGUGUGCCCUCACCCACAGGAACCACAAGGCCGCCCGAGCGAUUCUGGACAAACAACCGACCGCCUCGGAGCAGUACGACAGCAGGGGGCGCAACUUCCUCCACGUGGCCGUCAAGAACGACGACGUCGAGAGCACGUUGUUCCUCUUAACCGUCAACGUGGACGUCAACUCGAGGGUGCGGGACGCGAUCAUGACGCCCCCUCUACAUUUGGCCGCGCGUUACAGCGGCGAAACGUUACUGCGCAGCCUAAUUUUGGCCGGGGCACGUGUAAACGACCGUGACGCUCAGAAACGUACGGCGCUCCACGUAGCGGCGGAGGCGGGAAACUCGGCCGCCGUUGCCGCCCUCUUGCAGAACAACAUCGACUAUGACGCGGUCGAUAUGGCGGGCGAUAACGCCCUCCACGUCGCCGUCAGGGAGGGACACGUGAACGUCGCGCGCACCCUCCUGACCGAAUCCCGUCUGAACGCGGAACAAAUGAACGUCAAAGGGCGCAAUCCGUUGCACGAACUCUGCAGGUGCAACAAGGACAACGUGGCCGCCGUCAUCUGCGAACUCUUUCUCGAGUGCAUGCCCGAGUAUCCGAUUAACGCGCCCGACGUUUACGGAAACUCACCCUUACUGUUGGCUUACAUGAAGGGAAAUGGGAAUUUGUGCAGGGUCCUGGUUAAAGCGAACGCGUGCCUGGGGGCGGAAAACGCCGAUAAAGUGACCGUUUUCAAUUAUCAAGUGCCCAGCAAGCAGCUGUUGACGAAGAUGUUAGAUCAGGUGUGCCAGCCGGCCCCUUGGGCCCACACCGACGGAUGUCAGGAGUGUGGCAAAGGGUUUUCGAUAACGGUGCGUCCGCACCACUGCAGACACUGCGGCCGUUCGUUGUGCAACAGAUGCAGCGACCAGGAGGUGCCGAUCGUCAAGUUCAACGAGCACAAACCGGUCCGCGUGUGUCAAGUCUGUUUCAACGUGUUAAAAACGGGAGUGUGUUGAUUGAUUGAUUGAUUGUUGUAAGUGCGAUUAAAAUUUUUUUAUGAAAACAUUUUGAAAAUUAUUUUAACCAACUUUAAAAAUUCAUAAAAAAUUCAAAUCAAGAGCAAUUUACUUGAAACUUCUUGUGAUUAUAAAGAGAUCUAUUGCCAAUGGAGGGCGGAGUCGAUCGGCGAUUGUAUUUUAGUCUAGCUAUAUAAGGUCACUUGAUUAGCUUUUGUGGGAGAUGCCGACGUAUUAUGUUCAAAUAUAUUUUUAAAAUGUG